AUGUUCUUUUACAUUAAGCUCGUGGUCUUCUUCCUCGCGCUCCAAGGAACCACUGCAUCCAUCCAAAAUGAAUUCAAGCUUGAGAACGCCAUUCCCCCCAUAUCCGAAUUUGUUGUCAUAGUUCACAACAAAAAAGCACAUCCCCUCUUUCAGCUUCGCGAGUCGGCGUCCACUGCUCUCGGGACUCUUGCGGAAGAUGGCGACGCGAGCGCCCUCGUUGAGCAGUACGGCAACGUGAAAAGCAGAGGCGUCGACCAGUCUUCCAUUGGGGUAUUAAGCAACGAGGGUCCUUUAACGCGCUUCUAUUCGCUGUCGUUUGAUGUGGAGGUUUCUCGACGCUUUCCGUACGUAUCGUUUACCAGCAUGCCCAACAGCACCAACGAUUGUUUCGUCGAUGUCAAUGCCUGUGAGCUCUACCCGGAUAUGUCACUCACUAUCCCCCGAUAUAAUUCUGGAACGGAACAAAACAACGAACUUAGUGGAUUCAUUCCAGGUCCUUUCUGCUUGAUAAUUGAUAGCAAUAAGAAAGCUGCUGGAAACGGCGAAAGAGGUAAAAUCGAAAACGGUGGUCUGCAAGGAGAGAUCGCGGCGUCCAGACGACAGCGUACCAUCAUGCAUCCUUCGUCGCGUAAGGAGGCACAUUUACCACCUUAA